CGUUUCUGCAAGCUUGUUGCUAUCCGAGCCUUCUAUUGAGAGGAGCACGAGCGCAGAUAUUUAUAAGAAAGGCUAGAUGGCUCGAGGCGGCGUCACCGGCGUCCAUCUUACCACAGAACACCAUUUUGGUACGCUCAGAAGGUGAGCUAUCUGCAUAAUGAAAGAUACUGUUAACUCGCUGAAAUAUUGACGGAUUUACAAACGAAUUUGUUUAUUAAAACCUUAAAAAACGUGGCUAUGAGUCAGGAUGCUUAGAUAUGUAGAAAUUGCAGCUUUUCUUUGAGAAAAAAAGACUGAAGGUAAUCAUGCAGCGCAGUUGUUUCACGGCUAUUUGCACGAGCAAGGGUUAACUUUGAGUCGCUUUUCGCGAGUUGUCAAGGCUGAGACCACAAUCAAGAUUUUAAUUUCUAGUAUGACAGCCUAUUUUUGUUUAAGCGACAGUCUUUGUGGAUGUGCUUGUGUUUGUUAGCUGUCUAACUUGGCUAACAGACUGGCUGAGUGAGACCAAAUACGUGUUACAAAGUUGACCCAGCAAUUUUACAUCAGUGAGAGAGGCAGAAAUGCUCUUAAGUUUUGACAUAACUUAAGUUGCACAUGCUUUCCAAGCUGUUUGGUUUGUUAAAAACAUCUUAUAUGUUGAUAUAUUAUUAUACGGGAAAUUUCUACUUUGUGUUUUCUAGUUUUUGAAGCAACAGGUGGUAGUCUGCUAUCGUGAGUAAUUUGAUCCAGAAAUCUGAAAAGGGGUGUCUGCAGCAAAAAAAAGAAAACGUUAGAGAACCACUUCAAAAAGGUGGAGAACCACUAUUCUAAGCCACUGUCUCCCAAACAGUGUGUGUGAUGGAUGGAUGGAUAUUGCCUAGACUUACAAGAUGCCAGUUCAUGAGACAAAAUGUUGAAAAUAAACUGUAAAUUACUUAAUCGGUGAGGUGAAAAAACAUGUAUCUCUAAAAUUCGUUUCUUUUUCAGGAGCAUGAAAAAAAACAGUUUUUCCCACAAAGUACCUUACAAAAUAAAUCCAACACACCGUAUUUCGCACAAUCAGGACAGAAAUGAAAAUAUAUAUUUACACAGAUAAAGAGGUACAUUUUCUAGUCCCACCACCCUAAUGGCCAGCAUACAUAUAAAAAAAGUGCAAUGGAGGAGAGUUUAAAUCACCCUCUUCAUCUUGUAAAAUCUUAAACAUGCCAUUUUUUCAAAAAUAUAUUUUAAAUUAUGCUUUAAAGUGUGUCCUACAACAUGCACACAACCCUAUCCCUGAAAACAUUGUAGCAAUGCAAAAGAGAAGCAUCAUGAAUCAGCAGAAAUUACAUCAGGUCUAGGAAUAUGCAACCAUCAGAGUUAUCAUUAGACAAGGUUAUUCAGAACAUGCAGCAUGUGAAGCUGUAAGAUAAUCGAUUGCUGACUGGAUCAAACCCUCUGAAAAUUACAUUUUAAAUCAGUAAAUCACUGUGUCAAAUGUGAAUAUUAUCUAGUCCGAGUUGUGCUAGCUGCUUUGCUUGUUGACACAGGGCAUUUUUAAACAUACAAACAAAAAGAAACACUUUCAAAUGUAAUUUGUCUUAUUCUGAUAAAAUAACAUUUAACUCAUUAACCUUGCCUUAGAGGUACUGAAAUAUCUCUUUAGGUCAAAGGUUAGGAUAAAUUUAUAACCAUAUGUGUGUGUGCGUUAACGGGUCUGUUCCUGACUGUUAUCAUUAUUUUAGCUAUUCAGGCGGAUGGGUAUCAUCUUUCAGAGCUAUUUUAAGCAAUGGAAAAAAAAAAAACAAGCAAAACAACAAAACACCAAGCAACAUCCUUUUUAAUUUUUAUUUGUUUCUGCUUGGGCAACAUUACUGGCAGCAUCAGAGGAUCCUGAGUGCUAAUUAUUAGGGACAUAAUGUGUGGCAGAAAAGAGGGCUAGAAAUGGUAAGAGACUUUGUUCUCGAGAAAGCUCUUACAUUAAAGUGCUUAAUGUUUUCUCUGAAACUAAACAGCCACAAUGGAGCUGAGGAGUAAACUGCCUCUGGUUUGACAGCAAAAUUGAUUUUCCCACAGACCAUUAACUGUUGAGGCAGAUAAGAUUUCCUGAACACUCUACAUGAAGUGUGUUUCUGUCAUUAGACUGAUGAGAUUUCACUUAGAGCAACACGUUGAUAUAAAAGGACCAGGAGAAAUAUUUUUACUCUCCAUCAUAACAGGAACGCUUACUGACUGUGCAGAACUUUUACAGUUGUGAUGCUUGCAGCUUUUUUUAUCACUCUCCUCCUCACAGGUAAGCAAAUGCAUUUCUGUGUCACGUAAAUUCAUACUUCAGGGUUAUUCCUGCUGCUUGUUAAUUCAGGAGAUUUGAAGCUUUAACUUUUUUUUUUAACAUGCCAUUGAACUUUCCUAUAAACUAGACUACUCAAAAAAACUUAUUUAACUGUGUAGGUAAAGAGUCAAACUUCUUCAGGGUGGGUAAUUCAUACAUAAUUUCAACUUUAUCUUUUACUUUUAAGUUUCUUUUGGGUUAAAAAUGUGAAAGUAAAGAACCAACUUAAUGUGUUGCCUGAUAUACCAAACCUCUCAGAGAUGAGAGAUAAAGAUUGGCCUUGCUUCAACAAUCUUAAGCACACAUGCUCCAAAAUACGUGGUUCAAAGUGAAUUAGACCAUACAAGUCUGAGCUCUGGUUGAGGCAUGGGGUGCAAAGAAGUUGGAUUAGGUACCUCGAUUAUUCACGUAAAGGUACAUGAGGGAAAAGAAUGAAUCAAACCAAUCAGUGUGUCAGCUCUCUUUUGCUAGAGUUACCUGUAGGCAGAUGUAUGACUAUUUCAGGUCUCAACCUCUUUACUAAAAUAGUGAGUUAGGAAAACUAAAAACAAAUAAAAAACAAAGACCGAGGGAGUUACAGUCAUUUAAACAAGAAAAAAUGAAAGUUUGUGUUAGUGUUUCAAGGUCAUGGAUCGCCAAAAAAAUUACAUUUUACUGCAAAUUGAGUGAAAGAAUGAAAUGUUUAAAGCUUGCAAACACUAGCCAGGAUGGAUCAUAAACAAAACUCGAGACAAUAGUUUGAGUUAGGUUCCGAAUCUUCGUACUUUUGAUGUUCCUCUUGCAGAUGGAGUCUCUCCAUGUGACAGAAGCUAUCGGGAUCUACUGCAUUUCCUGAACUUGACUCAAAAAACAGACCUGUUAGCCAUGACUCGGCCUGUGAAGAACCACUCAGAACCCACAGAAGUAGAGCUGGACAUGCUGCUCUAUGCCAUCCUGGAUGUGGUGAGCAAUUGAUAUAAAAUAAUUAUUUCGGUGUGCCUAAAAGUAAAAGACGAGAUGACAAUGUAAACAACCUAAAUUAAGGCUUUAUGUCGAACACAGCUGAAUGCUAAUGUGUUUGCAAGUGGGCUGUCAACCAUGUUUAGAUUAAAAUAUGGCCUUAUCUCUCCUGACUUUCACCAUAUAUUAUUUGUGUUGUCACUUAUCAAUCAGUGGACUAUGGUAGCUGGGAAGUUCAGUACAAAAUUAAAAAGUAAGAAACACUCUAGCAAAGUUUAAAACAAGUUCACAUUUAGUAAAAUGAUUUUAUAAACAAACAAAACAAAAAGUUAUGUACUGUGAAACAAAAUUGCAAAGGGUAAAAAAACAUUACCAAAAGGCAGAAACAUAUUUACAUUUUGGAAUUUUUUUUUCACAAAAUGUGGAACACUUUAACCAACAAUUUUACAAGUCUGUAAACACCUGCAAGUAACCUUGGAAUGGGUGAGUGGACCUUUAUGUUGUUAAGAAGAUUUAAAAAAAUCAUUUUAAUUAAAGUCACAAAUUUGUGAAAAUAAGGUAAUAGAUUUGUGAGGCUAUAGAGUUGCACAUUUUAUAGGAAUAGCUUAUCAAACCUGUGAGGGGAAAAGCCUCGCUUCUGUGAUUGUUACAGGCACAUGUAGACAACAAUGCAAACAAUGCAGUGAUUAUACUUUCUGGCUCUGAGAGGGAGGUGAGGGGGUGAGGCUUGGAGAUCAUUAAAGAAAACCUGCAUCCAACAGGUGUGAGUUUGAUAAAAUUAUUACAAAGUUUUGUGAAUGAUCUAUGUUGAAGUUUGCUUGGACUUUCCCUUGGAUGCAUGAUGGAUAAUGACAAACAUAUUGUGAUAAACUUGGGGGCUGCUGAACAGCAAGAUUUGAAUGAGUUUCCAACAUCAGUCAACCACAUACAAGCCCCCUCAAAAUACCACUGCACCAAAGUCUGACUACAUUACGGGUGUGUGAAAAACAUGCUACAAAGAAAAGAUCCUGAAGUGACUCAAACUGAUGUAAUAUUAUAAUCAUACAUGUGUCUUGAAGUCCUGUUUUCUGGACUAGUCUCACAGAUUUGCUAUUCAAUUAUCACCAAACUGCAGCUUUUGUUUUAAAAUGCAGAAAUGUUUUCCAAAGUGUAAAUUUGUUCUAAACUUUGAAGUCUUUCAGAAUUUGUCAUUUUGUGUUGCACCUCCCAGCCAUCAUAAUAACUGCAAUUUGUCAAUUAAAUGUUAUAGGAUUACUUGAAAGUAUGUCAAACUGAUGUGUUUGUUAAAACAGAAUUUAAAAUGUAAUGUCAAUGACUUUUGAACUUGUUUCUGAUGGUUCAGUCAUCAAAUUUGGAGUGAUAUUUGCCGAUAAUUUUUUUUACUGACAGAAAGAAAAGGAGCAGAAGUUUAUGUCUUAUGUCUGGAUUGAUCUGGUGAGCACUCUUCAAAGUGAAAUCAGAUUAGAUUGAACUGAUUUUUUCUUCUCAAACAAACUUUAUUUGUUUUAAUGUCAUUUUCCUCUCUUAUUUUUUGUUGAAGUACUGGAAAGAUGAGUACAUCCAGUGGAAGCAAGAGGAUUUCUGCAACAUAACACAUAUUUCUUUGCCUACGCAACUGCUGUGGAAACCAGAUAUAGCCAUUAUAGAGAUGUAAGUCUGAUUGUUUAUGCCUACUUUGAAAAGAGUAACUGCAGAUUUUCUGGAGAAACGGGAGUUUCUGUUAACAAACAUUUGGUGGCUUGUGUGUGAAAUCCCCGCCACAGAAACUCAGAACAGCCUUACAUCCAAAAUAACCCUCUUUUAAUAGCAAUAAAAAAUACAGUUACCAAAUCUUAUUAAAAAUAACUUUAAGUUUGAACCACCCCAGAAAAAAAUGUGUUUAUUGGCUAAUAGUUACCAACAAUUAAAUAUAUUGACGGUGUAAUCUGAAGAAUUGUGGAGUCACAGCAUCCUUGAGAGGACCAUGGAUGCUUAUUUUUGGGUUUAAUGGCAGACAUUUGCUCAUUGUUCAUUGAGAAAUACAAAAAUUGUACCCAAACACUGUGUGUUUGGUGGUGUAGCAGAGUGUGUUGUACCCCAUUACUUACUCUGAGAGUAUUUUAUGAAGCUGGGUUGUAUUUCACUUGAGAUAAAAUAUGCAAAUGUUGUGUGUAGGAUUGAGAGUGUUCCAAGCAUGUCCACCAGAGGGUACUAGAACCACAUAGCUAGACCACAUAGUGUGGUGUGACAAGAGAAGGAAUAUUCACAGUUGUGAGUGUUACUGCAGAGAUGUUGUAUCAAGCUGCUUAACUGAUGCCAGGAGUGAAUAGAUCUCCUUUCCACAAGUUACAGCAAAUGUGUAGAAAACCUCAAUGUAUGUGUGUUCUUAUCCAGGACAGAGAAGAAUAAGGUCACCCAGAGUCCUUACCUCAGGAUUUUUUACAAUGGACGGGCCUUACUCAAGAUCGACAUGGUACUGAUCACCACCUGCAAGCUGCAAGUUUACAAAUUCCCAUUUGACACUCAGAGCUGCAACCUCACCUUUAAGUCUGUCAUACACAAAGGUAAUGAUGAGUUGAGUCAUGUUAAUAAACAGUAUUUAUUAAUUGUAACUAUUGGGUGAACAUUUUGUGCAUUAAGCAAGGGAUACACAGAGAUGGUAUCAAGACAUAGAGUCAUGGAAAAAAUUAUUAGGUCACCCCUGUUUUCUUCAAUUUUUGUUCAUUUUAAUGUGUGGUACAACUAAAAGUGCAUUUGUUUGGACAAAUAUAUUGAUAAAAAUAGCUCAUAAAAGUUUAUUUUAAGAGCUGAUAUCGAGCCAUUUUCCAUGGUUUUCUUGGUAGCCUAAUAACCAAAAUCACUUGAGUUCUUUCAUAAAUAGCUAUCGCAUUGUUCUGCCUAAAACAAAGCUUUUAGGCAUUCCAUGUUUUCUCUCCUGUCUGUUGGUCACAUGAUACACACAGGAGUUAGUACUUUAUUGGAUAACCAAUCAGGGAGUCGAUUUCAAACUGUCCUUGCUGAACAAGUCACAUUUCUUGACAGCGCCCACUCAUUUUUAAGGUCCUUGGAAGUCUGAUGCCGGUUCCUGACACAGGGAUGGAUGAGUGCACGGCCCUCUCAUGGGCGACAAAGAUGUUUCCUGCCUUGACCAGCUAGCAAUUUGGUAGUACCAUGUUUGGCUUGCUUUUUCUUGAUUUAAGGAACAACUGUCUUGAAUAAUCUCCAGUUUUUGGGCUAUCUGUCUCUCACUCAUGCCAACUUCCAGCAUCGCCAAGAUGGCUGCCUUCAUGGCUUAACGCAAUUCUUUUGUUUUAGACAUUAUAUCAGAACUGACAACUUCUUAAGUUGUGCUAUGGCUUGAAUGUAAGCGGUAAACAACUCUAGGUCUUUGCAUGUGCAGUAGUGAUAAUGACAUGAAAUGGCCUCUUAUCAGUCCCUUCAGGAAUUCGCGAUGUUGCAAUCGCAACUAUUAACACAAAUUCAACCAAUCACCGUUAAUUCCGUUAAGGCGCUGAAUUUUCGUCCAAUCACCGCGGAUUUCCCGCAAAUUUGACCAAUAAACUAAGCCCUCCUUCACCACGCCUCUUCGUGACAUGUAUGUCAUCAUAUUCACUUCCUUGUUUACGUUGAGAAGAUGAAGACGUGCGACGCCAAAUUUACCAACGAAUAUCACCGCCAAAGUUCGUGCAAGUCUAUCUCCAGAUGUGUUACAUGUAAGCGGUGGUAAACUCCUCGGCGCUGCCUGCAAUAUUGUGGUACAACACAUGCGUAAGUCGUCGCUCGACAGACAGUUUUUAACCGCAAAACACGAAGGAGAACAGCUGAAAGAGGACAGACGAGGCAAGGCACAGUAACAGCGGCUGUUGCAUCCAGAACUAUAGCAGUGGCUAUAGUAGGGUCAAGGUAUGCGCUAAUAUACUCUUUAAAGCUAAAUGAGAGAAGAAUAAAAAACGUGUAGAUGAAUGCUUUUAUUUGUAUAUCAUCUAGUGUAUGUGUGUGUGUGUGUGUGCGCGCGCGUGUGAGCAUGAGUGUGUGUGAAAAAAAAAACAAGCUCGCAAAUGAAAAUAGUAAUUCAACUUGAUGCUUAUAUUUAUGUUUUCUCUAAAUUGUAAGAUAGAAUGCAACCCAAGUUUGGCUGCCAUGUGUGCCGGUUUCUCUGUGUGUCUGUCUGUGUUUCAGAUAUUUGCAACUGCCCUUGAUCCUGUGAUUUUGAAUAAAAAAAAAAAGAUCGCAACUUUCACCGUAAUUUUUAAAAAAAGCUGCCGCAAAAACAGGCAUUUUAGGCCGCAACAACCACAAAAGAGCCUGUGAAAUCCUGGAGGGACUGGGAAUACAAAUAAUCUUAAACCUGUCAAAUAGGACAUGAAAUAUUAUGGAAUCAGCUGCAUUUUUAGCUAUGUUCAUCGUAUUCUUCAGGUAAUAAACCUUAAGUGGUAUCAGGCAUUAACAUAAACAAGAAAUUGAAGAAAACAAGGGUGGUCUAAUAAUGUUUUCCAUGACUGUAGAUACAUGGAUAUCUUUUAAAAGAUAUGUUUGUUGUGACUGGUUGAAUAGGAUAAAAAUAUGGUUGAAUGCAGUAUUGGUAGGAAAUGGGUGAGUAAAACCUUUGAUAAGCCUUUGAUCUCUGUUUUCAAGUUAACCAUUUCUUACACGACUUCUCAUGGAGGUUUGAGUUUAAACAUUUGUCCUGUAACAACUAACAAUCAACAAAAACAUGUUUCUUUGACUAUCAAUCAAACCUUAAACUGUUAUGUUUUUUCCCCCCUCAGAUUAUGAAAUACAGCUUGUUUUGUUCAAUAACUCAAAGUGGACGACAAAUUGGUCGAAAGAGAUGACAGGCACCCAGUCUGAUUGGCUCUUAAUUAGCAUUACAUCCAUCAAGGGUGCUAUUCACAAAUAUGGCAUCUCUAGGAGCCUGGUUGUGUACACCGUAAGUAUCUAAUAUUGAGUAGGGCUGCAUUGAUCAACUAUAUUGAUUACUCUGUUGAUUAAUUGUGUAAUGUGACAAGAAAAAAUUUUAAUGUGUCCCUGCCAGUACCACUGUAACAAUGCAGAUUUACACAUUGUGAUCAUAACAAAGGAUUAUUUUAUCUUCUUCUUAUCUACUAGACCCAAAAAGAUAAACUUUAAGUUCACUAAAUUGCCUAAUACACAUUUACUUAUGAUACUAAAGUCGUAAUAAAGUUAUACACAGGAAUAUGACAUAUAAUUAAUAGUUUCAAAAGUCAGUCAUAAAUAUUGGUCGGUAAAUGCUAAUAAUCGGUCUGAGCACCUAUAACAUGGCCACCCCUAUUUUUGUCAUUUCCCUACUGUCUCACCCCAGUCAAGAGUCUGGACCCACCCCUGCAAAGCAGCACAAAGGAAACAGCAGGGUUUGAGCACUGUCAGACUUUCAAGUUUGAGAAACAAAAGCUUCAUGAAAUAUUUCACAGGUGAUUUUUGGAGAACCAAAGAAAAUUUGACCAAACUUCAACUUCUGUCUCAUAAAGACAGUAAAAUAAAAAAGUGACUCCCAUACUGGCAGCCAGAGUGCAGCUAAUAUGUGCAUGUGAAAACACACUGCUCAUACACAGCACCUAUCAGCAUUAGCUCCUAUCUGCUAGUUGAUCAGGAUGAAAUUCAAAGAAAAAUCUCACCACAGUAAGAUACCGGGAGGACUCCACUGCUUGUACUGGAUUUAUGGAAAUAAUUGUCAAAAUAGCAACGAAAACUAUGUGUUUUUAAAAUGACCCACAGUGUAUUGAACAAGCGCACAAUCAUAUUAGUCAUUACUUUAAUUACGUUAAAAAUCAUGAGAUUGUUGUUGUUUUUUUAUGCUGGUAAAUGAUCAUCAUUAGGGUCAUUAGAGACCAUUCAGAGCUUACAUAUGAUUGUUCUAUGGCCGGGAUAGUGUGGACAGCAUGCUGUCUGGAUUUAAACAAAGGCUGUUAAUAUCUACUUUAGUCCAGUCAUUCUUCAAAUACAUAGUUCAACCAACUGAAUCCUGAACCUUAUCUUACAGAUCACCAUGAAGAGACGACCUGUGCUCUACAUUGUCAACUUUAUACUUCCUGUCAUGUUGUUCCUGUGUCUGGAUUUGGCCUCCUUCAUGAUCUCAGAGAGCGGGGGAGAGAAGCUCAGCUUUAAGGUCACAGUGCUGCUCGCUGUCACAGUGAUGCAGCUCAUUUUGAAUGAAAUCCUGCCCUCCUCCUCAGACAAGAUUCCAGUCAUAGGUAAAAAAAUAAAUAAAAUAAAAAAAGCAGGACAAGUGGUCUAUUUUGGAAAGUUUUUCAUAAACAGUGCAUUAACCCUGCUCUCUUGUCACUGUAGUGGUCUUCUGUAUUGGUAUCUUUGGUCUCAUGAUGCUGAGCCUCUUGGAGACAAUUUUGGUGAUGCAUCUGAUGGAGAAAGAUUCUGUGUCCAAAGAAAGUGGGGCAGACAAAGACCAAAACCAGAGUGAGAGAUGUGGAGAAAAACAAGGCAAAGUGUGCGGUUGUAACAGUUUCAGAGAUGAGAUUAACCACAACAAAUAUUUUAAUGAGUACUAAGUAUUAUGGUUUUAAUCAGUCAUCUGAUCAGUAAUUUGGUUCUCAAGAUGUAGUUGUCAGUGACCCACAAAGGGUCGUAAAACAUGUAUGUCUUAGUUUUUUAAGGUGCACUAAUCUGUCUCAUUAAUUGUUUUAGGUGUACAAAGACUUCUUUGCUGUAGUGGAUCUGCUGGUGAAACACCAUCACAGCUGCUUCCAUUGGCAAGACAGGUCUGUAUAAAGUGGAACCUAUGAUAAUAGUGGGUCCAAAAAUAGUCCUCUACCAUUAUUGUUAUUAGGGCCCGAGGCAACGCUGCAAGCAGUGGGCAAGAGCUAAUUGUAGGAAUUAAUUAUUGUUAUCAUUAACUUAAAAAAAAAACCCUAGACAGGCAAAAAAUGACCCACAAGCGCACCCUACAGAUUAUCACACUGGGGGAGUUUCUUGUAGUACUUGCCGUACGCUGGUUCCAGCUCCACCAGAUUUUAGUCGUUUGAUAAGAGUCUGGCAUUGGACAAUUUGACACCAAACUUGUGUCUGUAUAUUGUAGCGCCACCUGGCCACACGUUUUCCAGUUAAUGGCCUGGAAUCCCUUCUUUAUUGAUGGGAUGCAGCUGAGAUUUGUUCAUAGGCACAAAAAUCAGCACCAUAUUUCGUGUUACUGUGCCUAGGUGGCGCUAUGAAAUGUCUAAAACAAAACAGCAUUCUUUGUAGUGUAUAUGAAGACAGAAGUGACCAUAGUCGAAUGAGAUAUUAAAGCUUUGUUUGGUAAAUGCUGUCAAAGUCACACAGUUAUACAGUUGGUGCAGACGGGUGAUUUAACAUAGUGAGCAAUAAUAUCAGUGUUAGCUGAGGUGACCAUGUUUCUAAACCUAAAAAUGGGGACACUUUAAUUGACUGCAAAUCCCUUUCAGAGGUGGAAUCAGCAUCUGUCAGAAAAACAGGAAAAUGGUGACUAGACAGCCACUUAAUAAACAAGUUAUUUAUUCACAGCCUAUUUAACACCUGUUGCAGGUUAGCAGCGGCCAGCUGACUGGGGAGUCACAUGACUCUGAAAAAGAGGUGAUGACAGGAAGCAGCAGGAAGGAAGACGGACCGAUCGGUUACUGGACCAGAAUGGCCAAAGCAAUCAACAAAGUCUUCUUCAUUUUCUACCUUACAACUGUCUGUCUGUUUGUAGUUUCAAUGUUUUAUAGCUGGAUCAAAGAGGAAGAGGAAAUGUAGCACUCAAAAGAGAACAAACUGCUUUUUUAAUGAGAAACUGCAGAGAGAACCAGUACACAGGAUAGGUUAUGGUUUGCUGUUGGUGGCACAAAGUCUUUUGUAUGAUUCAGCUUCAGAGUAAUAUGGCAUAAGAAUCAGCCCAGAGGGUGAUAAGUCACAGUUAAAAAUUCAAAUAGAGGCCCUGAGCAAUUUUGCUGUAUUAGCAUGCAAGUAUGUAAUAAACUCUCUCUGCAUUAGCCUGUCUUAAGUUUUUCAUUCAUUGCUGGUUGAUUAAAAAACUAUGGCGGGCCAUAAAGGUGGUAGAAAAUGUAAAACACAACUGGACAAUUUAAAAAACAGGUUGUCAAAUAUGUUUUUAUAGGAAGAGUCUGCCGGAUUUUGCUACAUAUUACAUAGUACAACAUAGUGCUUCCCACUUGUAAACGCUACAUGACAUUAUUAUACUGUAAAUAUGGCAAACCUUAACUGUAACUCCCCUUCCUCCUUGCAUCCUCACUCCUCCUCCACCAUGCUGACUUUCCCUUUCUGUGUCACGGUAUUGUAGAAAUGGUACACACUAUGUCCUGCUCAGUUCAUAUAUGCAAGCCAAGUGAAGGUUCAUGGGAUUCAGCCCUGAGUGACUGUUGAGAAAUGGCUUAUCAGAGGUAGCAACUAAUGCUUCACACAGCCCUCCUUGUCAGUGAAAGCUGAGGUUCACCUGAGAGAAAUCAAUCAUUCAGGAGUUUUUGACAACUAGUUCAACAUUUUUGUAUGUAAUGUCUCAAGCAAUGAAAUAAGGACUGAUAGUUUAAUAGGAAAUGACCAUUCAUCAUCAUUCAAAAGUAUAAUUCAUCUGACUGACAUGAAAUAAGCAAAUAAUGUUAUAAAACAGCAGAGAAUUGUAUGAAAGCAAUUGAUGCAUGUCCGAAAGCAUUUGCAAUUUGUUGGAAGGAAUAAGGAACUGCUACUAUGAUGUGCAAAAAAAAUAAAUGUUGUAGAG